AUGUCUGCUCCCUUCAAGCUCUCGACAAGAGCAAAAGUUGGUUUAGGACUUCUCAUAUCGUAUACAUCCUUUGAGGCAUACAUGCACAUCCGUACUUCUUUAUUGAUCCGAAAUCGUCAGAAACUGCCAGAAACUUUGGAGCAAAAUGAGUAUAGGAAGUUCGAAUCUGCAGUUGUUCUGGGAAUGUUUGUUAAUCCUUUUGAAGAAUAUAGGCCGCAGACAGGCUUCGAGUUCUUACUAGUGAGAAUAAUGGAACUCGUCGAGAGUUUUUAUGGCAACAAGAUUGAACUUCACGACAUGUAUCCAUCACCAGAAGGAGACUUUGCUGAAGUCGACCACCUUCUCAAGACAUUCAAGCCAAACUAUGAACUAAUGAGACAUAAUUCCCAGAUCUUGCAAUUAUGCUUCGAAAAGAAUGACUUUGCUGAUCUUUAUAAAACAAAAAAAUCCACGAUGAACACGAGCGUAAGUGAUCAAAUGCUCUUCACAUGGCUUGGACAAUCUUGCUCGUUGGUACAGAUCAGUGGUAUUAACUUUCUAACUGAUCCUAUGUUUAGUGAUCAUCUAAUAAGCAAGUCAUUUGGGCCAAAGCGUUUGGUUCUGUCACCUAUGACUGUGGAUGAUGUUAUGCAUGCUACAAAGGACAACCUCAAUUUUGUUCUUGUUUCCCAUAACCAUCCCGAUCAUCUUGAUAUGGAAGCAGCAAAACAGAUUGGAAAUCUGGCUUAUUGGAUAGUUCCGCUAGGUCUUAAGAAAAUUUUGGCUAGAAAGGGCAUUUACAAAGUGAUAGAAAUGGAUUGGUGGGAGAAGAUCAGCAUUAACGGAUUCAUUAAUCAAGAAUCUCCUGCGAAAUUUCCUGAUGAUCUCGAAAUUGUUUGUGUUCCUGCAAUGCAUUGGUCAGGAAGACAUAUUGUGGAUUCCAACACUUCAUUAUGGGGAUCAUUCAUACUUCAACGUAACGGUCAAUCUUUGUUGUAUCAUGCUGGGGAUACCGGAUACGUCAAAGAAUUGUAUGAACUUAUCGGCUCCAAAUUUGGACCUGUUACCCUCAGUUUGUUGCCCAUUGGACAGUAUUGCCCGUCGUGGCACCAGAAGCCAAGGCAUAUCUCACCUGCGGAAAGUCUUCGUAUUGCGUCCGUUUUAGACUCACGUUAUGUCCUCGGCAUCCAUUUCGGCACUUUCAAGCUCAGCUCUGAGCCAAUUCUCGAGCCUAAAAACAAAUUAUUGGAUAUGGCGAAGCAAAUGGGCAAGUCUGGUUUGUACAAGGUUCCUGAGUUUGGAUUGACGUAUCUGUAUCACCUUGAUGAUGGUCUGCAUUAUCCACAUUUUCAUGUUGGAAAGGGUCCAGCCGAAUAG